AUCUAAACUCACUAGUGAUGAUCACCUAUAGCCCCGCCUCCUUCAUUAGAAGUGUGCCACUUACAACUUGGUAUUUCGUUCUAAGAAAAUCUCCCGUGCGAUGAGCUAUAUAACAGUCCGUAAAAAUCAAUCGAGAUCGUGUUUUUGAUAUACAGGUGUAAUUUACUGCCUCGAGCUUUGCUGGUUUGUGCUAAAUAGAUCUCAUUCGACUGCUAACGAGUAGCCCGACGCGGGGAACCGUUGUUUAAGUGACAGGCAGGGUGGCCUGAGCUCAAAAAUUAGCUGGGCUAUUUAGGGUCAGGCUGUUAGACCGAUUCUACUUUACAUAUACCGAAAUGCCGCAAUCAUUAUUUCGUCUCAGUUUGCCUCUCCUGGCUAUAAUUUUUCUUUCAAUUCUACGUAUGGAACAGACUUGCGAAGCUAAAGAAAAGUUCCCAGUUGACAGAGUAACAAACCCAAAUUGUAAUUCGGAUUGUAAGGAUGCACCAACAAAAUUAUUAUGCGGAAGCGAUGGUAGAACUUACAACUCAAGAUGCGAACUACAGUAUGCUAAGUGCCUGGGAAAGCAAAUUCAAAUUAUCAAAAAGGGAAAGUGUGAAGAAAAAUCUAAAUGUCUAGUUGAGAGAGACGCGGCCAUCUUGAUGGCGGCUGCAAGUUCAAACCCUUCAACGAAUAGCAUAUUCAUUCCACAGUGUAAUCCAGAUGGAAGUUACUCGUCAAUUCAGUGUCAUAGGUCAUUUGGGUACUGCUGGUGUGUGGAUAAUCUUGGUAAACCACUUCCGGGUACUUCAGUUCCGUUACGGCGUCCAAGUUGCAAUGGGGAACCAGCAGGGGCGCCUGUUCUUGUAACUCAUCCACCUAUACCGGAAACUCAAGGUAUGAUUGAAAAGGCUUUUUGGAUGCUGUCCCCUUCCCCAUCAGGGUCAAAGCUUUUACCAGAACCUCAAGACAUCUCAGUAGAAGUGGAGUGUUGUGACCAGCCACGUUCUGAGGAGGUAAACUCACAUACCGAUAUAUCCAUUGCAGAGCCAUCUAAGAAGUCUCCAGUCACAUCAACGAACGAGUGUACUGUUGAAAGAGCGGAAGCCUUGGACAAAGCGCAACAGGACCCCGGGAGUGGCGUGUUUAUCCCACAAUGUGAAGGUAGCAACUACCAUCCAGUUCAAUGUCACGAGGAAGCCAAAUACUGCUGGUGCGUUAACAUCACAACUGGACGGCCAAUCAUCGGGACAUCCAAGAAGGUUGACGUUUCUCUCACUGGAUUCAAGUCAUCACUGAACUGUAACCAUAAUUUAAAGCCCGAGAUCAGUACAAGUAAAGUUGUUUCAACACCAGCUCCACCAGUUUUUAAAGGGUGCACUGGAAACAAACAGGCUAAGUUUUUGAAUAGUGUUAUUGAUAUGCUGAUCACAGAAAUGAUGGGUGACCCAUCUGGAGCAGUGACACAGGGAAGAACCACAGCCACAGAUCAGAACAGAUCAGUGACAGAAAGAGUCGGAAGAUGGAAAUUUCUUCACAUGGAUACCAACAGCAAUCAUGCGAUCGACAAGCGAGAACUGAAGGGUAUCAAAUCUCAAAUAGAUGGGCUCAGUGCAAGAAAAAAAUGCAAAAGGAACUUCCUCUUAUUUUGUGAUGCCAACAAUAACUCAAAGUUAAGCAUGGACGAGUGGCUGAAAUGUUUAGGCAUAGAAACCACUUCUGGUCCACCGCCGACAACUGCAACGAGACGUGGCAACAAUCCGUUCAGCAUCUUGUCAUAACAAGAGAAUACGCAACAGAACCAACGUAGACACCGGGAAACCAUCAAUAAAUACUACUCCGUAGAUCACAUUGUUUUUAACAAUUAAGUAAUAAUUAUGUGGAAUAGGCCUAUAAGAUAUAUAAUGUCAGACUCGUUUACGAUAUUCCCAUGAUUUGAAUUUCUAGGCAUUCCAUUACAAUUAUUGAUUUCCAAAAAUAAAGAAGAAAGUUGGCGCCUUAUAUUUUUUGUGCGAUAAUUACUUGCCAAGGGCGCAAAUGAUAGUCUGCAAAGGCUCGACGUCGACUUUGAUUAUGAUAAAGGUUUUUGUAAAUUAUAAAGUCGUUUAUGCCAUCAUUGAAAACUUAUGCCAUCAUUAAACUGCGUCAGCAAGUUAGACAGAUUUAAAAAUGACUCGCAAUUGAAAAUAUUCGGUUGAAAUUAUUGGUUUUAUUAUUAGUUGCACACUGAGUAGGCCCUAAUUAAUGUUGAAGGCUUAUGACAUUUAGAAAAUUAAAUAUCCUGAAAUCACCGUCUUGAAUUGGCUGUGAUAGCAGCUCGUAUGUACGCGUACGUGCUCGCAGGUCGUUAGGAUACACCACUGUGAGAUCGGGCAGCUGUCAAUCGAGCCAUAUUAUUUGCUAGGUUGCGACGUUUUUGUAGGGCAUCGAUUCAUCUCAAAGUUACUGUGACCUAAUCCAUUUUUUGAAAAUACAGUAGAGCCCCUAUUAAAGGGACACCUUCGGGACCAAAGUAAGUGUCCCCAGGGUUGGCCAUAACGUUAAAAGAUGUACUUUCCCUUGUUUCGAGGCCGAAAAGGUGUCCCCUUAAUAGGGGUGUCCCAAAGGAGGGGUUCUACUGUAGUUAAGUUUACAGUCUGUAUUAGCCUGUAUUAAGUGUGGAGUAGACCAAGGUAGGCACCGAGUAAUGAACAAGUGUAUGAAUAUACCGUGCCAAAAAUUUUUUAUUUUUUUUUAAUUUAAGCUAGAUAUUGAUAUAAAAAUGGAUUAUUUUAUCUCUUUGCUUGUAUAUAUAGAAAUGAAGGGUAUGGUUACUUUUAGGAAUAAUUAAAAUAACCAGCUAAUUGAAUAAUAGAACCGCGCGGCAGUAAAAAUGUAUAUGCUCUUAGUAUUCAACUUAAAUUGACAAAACUAAUAAAAUGGGGAUUUAUUGUCUGCUAUGUACAUGGAUAGAGCGCGGUAUAGUAGCUGGACAGAGUGCUGUGGUUCAUGUGUAAGAUAAUAAUGUUAGAAACUGUCAGCUAUUUUUAGAUUUAUAGACGAAUAACCAAGCAAUGAAAGCCUUGUAAAGGUGGAUAAAUUAGUCCGUAGGUGUAUUUAUUAUAAGGAUACAAACCAUGUUUAAAGGUAUUGUCAUUAUAUACUUAAAACUGAGAGUCGUGCUAUUAAGCCUAUUUCUGGUUAGCUUAUAAUUGUGAAACGAAAACGAAGUAUAAAAUACAAAUGAAUAUUAUAAUACUG